GAAACGAGAACUGUUGUACAGCGACAUUCCAUUCUAUCUACGCGCGAAUACGUCGUCCUCAUCAUCAUCCCUAGGCCCACCUUCCCAAUCCACUGUUCCUAAAAAUCUUCUUGCUUUUUCUCAUUAAUUGUUGCGUCUCUAUCUCUCUCUUUCGCUCUCUUUCUCUCUUCAACAAACAUAUGCAAAUUGCCUUCUGGAUCAACUAUCAAAGUUUAGAGUGAAGCUUUUUCCAGAUCCCACAAACCAACCAACUGGUUUUUAAUACUUUUGCCUUCUAGAAAGGUUUGCUCCGAUUCCCAGAUAUACUUGUUCUUUCAUUCUUCUUGUUUCUGAGGCAAUGAAGAAUCCAGUGAAGUUUAAGUUGGGGAAACAGUCGUCUCUAGCGCCGGAUGGAGAUGGCCAUCUCGAAGAUUUGGAGGAGCUGGUCAAGCAGCACCAGACUGAGGAGGGGAUAGAUUCGAGGGUGAGGUUGAUGUAUUUGGCCAAUGAAGGUGAUUUGGAAGGGAUUAAUGAACUCUUGGAUUCGGGAGUCGAUGUUAAUUUCCGUGAUAUCGACAACCGGACGGCUUUGCAUAUUGCUGCUUGCCAGGGAUUUGCCGACGUUGUCGCUUUGUUGCUCGAACGUGGCGCUGAAGUUGACUCCAAAGAUCGCUGGGGGAGCACGCCUCUUAGAGAUGCUAUCCAUUACAAAAACCACGAUGUGAUCAAACUUCUGGAGAAGCAUGGCGCAAAGCCUCCGGUGGCCCCCAUGCUCGUCAAGAAUGCCCGUGAAGUGCCAGAUUAUGAAAUUGAUCCUAAGGAACUUGAUUUUACUAACAGCGUGAACAUUACCAAGGGAACAUUCCGCAGAGCAUCUUGGCGUGGAACUGAGGUUGCUGUGAAAGAGCUUGGAGAAGAUCUAUUCACUGAUGAGGAUAAAGUGAGGGCUUUCAGAGAUGAGCUUGCAUUGCUUCAGAAAAUACGGCACCCCAACGUUGUCCAGUUUCUAGGUGCUGUUACUCAAAGUUGGCCGAUGAUGAUUGUUACUGAAUAUUUGCCAAAGGGAGAUCUUGGAAUAUUAUUGAGUAGAAAAAGAGAAAUAAGAACACUGACUGUUGUGAGACUUGCCCUUGAUAUUGCAAGGGGGAUGAACUACUUGCAUGAGAACAAGCCAGCACCCAUUAUUCAUCGUAAUCUUGAGCCUUCAAAUAUUCUGAGGGAUGAUUCUGGCCACCUGAAAGUAGCAGACUUUGGAGUUAGCAAGUUAUUGACGGUUAAAGAAGAUAAACUUUCGACUUGUUCAGAGACUUCACGAAGAUACCAAGCUCCAGAGGUUUUCAAAAAUGAAGAAUAUGACACAAAGGUGGACGUGUUUUCAUUUGCUUUGAUUUUACAAGAGAUGCUUGAAGGCUGUCCUCCAUUUCCUGACAACGCAGAUAGUGAAGUUCCUAAAUUGUACGCAGCUGGAGAACGUCCCCCAUUUAUAGCACUACUUAAUAAACGUUACGCAAAUGGACUAAAAGAGCUAAUUGAAGAAUGUUGGAACGAGAAGCCAAAUAAGAGACCAACUUUUAGGCAGAUAAUAACCCAGCUGGAAUUCAUUUACAACAGAUUCUGUCAUAAGAGGCGCUGGAAGGUCAGGCCAUUGAAAUGCUUUCAGAAUAUUGAGGCAAUGCUGAAGAAAGAUCGUCUCCGUCGAAGCAGUUUCAAUCUAUCGUCACAUUCUUCUGCCAGCAGUAUUUGAUUAGUCAGAUUGCGGUCCAAUACUAUGUUUACCUUUUCAGUGUGUGAUGAAGCUUGUUUCACGGAAGUAACUUUCUGACAGUUCUAAUUCUACAAUUGUGUCAUGACACUGAUUUUAGAAUUUGCGAGUUUCUCCCAUAAGAAACACCUACACCAUUUUGAUUAAAAUUCCACCUUUGAGUCUGUAACAAAUUCAAAAUUGAAUCUUCGAUGUUACUUUGAAAUGCAAGAUCAUGGUUGGUUGAAUGAAUCACCUUAACUAUAUUUCAACA